CCCAGAUGUGGUGUUUCCAGAGGUUCCUGAGGGACAGGGACGGGUUUCUGUCGGGUCGGGUCCGCAAGGCCAAGACCCCCUCGCCGGCUGCGUGCGCAAACGUGCUCACUCCAGACCGCAUCCCGGAGUUCUGCAUCCCCCCGAGACUUGAGCCCUGCCUGGCCUUGGCAGCUCUCCGGAAUUCUUGGGGUGAACAGGCUGCGAUGGACGAGGGAGCAAGCCGCACGGACUGGGACCCUCGCUCACAGGCGGCGCUCUCGCUGCCGCACCUGCCCCGCGCCCGCACCGCCUAUGGCUUCUGCGCGCUGCUGGAGAGCCCGCACACGCGCCGCAAGGAGUCGCUCUUCCUCGGGGACGCUGGCGCCGCCGCGCUGCUGUGCUCCUCUGCGGCCGAGACCCGGGCUCACACCUGUGGUAGCGACGGUGGCGACGGAGGACCAGGCUGCGGCGCUACCCUUGCCAGCACUAGGCCACCCCGGUAUGUCAUCGCCACAAUGUCCCGAGGCCGCCGCCUCCUGCGCGUCCCCGACCGGCUGCUGAGCCGCGUGCUCCGAUCCCGCAGCAGUCGCGGUCUGUCCCGCGCCCGCUCCGUGUGCAGCGGGGACGACAAGGACGAGCGUGGUGUCUCCCCAGAGCCCGCGUGCCGGUCGCCAAUUCCAGGCCCGUGGCCCGAGCGCCUGCAGGUUGAGGCCACAGUUACUCUGAGCCGCGCCGGCGGCACCCUGCCCCUGGUAGCAGAGUACACUCGCGGCAGCAGGCGCCUCCGCCUCCGGCCGCUGUGCAUCGAGGGCCCAGCAGGAGGCGCCCUCCAGCCCCGCGCCCUCGGCUGCCGCCUCAGCCUGGUCCUACAGGCGCAGGGCGCCGUGCGCAUGCGCAGAGCGGGGGUUCGGCGCAGCCGCAAGGCCGCCUUGGACCAGGAUUUCUGCUUUGAUGGCCUCAGCGAGGAGCAGGUGCGCUGCCUGGCCCUGCGCAUCAAGGCCGAGCUCAAGGGGCAAGGCCUGGAGCGGGGCUGCCUGCUGGGCCAGGGCUAGCUGCUGCUGGGCUCCCUCCUGGUUCUCUGA